UUCUCAUUGUUUUUUGCCAUGAUAUACUGAAUUAAAUAAACAGUAGCAACUGCUAUAUUUUCAACGUCAUCUUUCAAUCGAGUCUUUAUCUCAAAAAAUUAAUGAUAUGAAAAUCGCGAUAGAUGCGUUUUAAAAAGUGAACUUUUGCUUUCUAGUCGUUUUUUAGCAAACAUCGUACAUUGAUUUGUUCGCUUUAUAUAAAUGGUUAAAUUCGAAACCGCAUUGUUGUUAAAAUGUUUAAUAAUUUUGUGGAAAAUGUCACAAGCGCAAUAUGCGAAUAUGUGCCAAUUAAAGAGGAAGAUUCACAUUUUUAAAGUUGUCUAAAUGUCAUUUGUAAUGUUUCAUUCAAGUUGUAUAAUUCGACAAAUUUCACGAAACAUUUUAACAUUCAACGAAUUUCUAUUUAUAUCCCUACAAUAUUGUGAAAAGUAGAUGUAUAUUAAAAAUAGAUCUAUAAAUUAGAGACUUUCUGCUGUAAAAUAGUUCUAGAAUCAUCUUGUUAUCAUCAUUUUUAUGGAAAUUACAAACCUUCGAAUUUUGCUUACCUAUCGCCAUCGAGAGAAGUGACGUUUGAAUUCUUGUGAAUAUUCACUUGUAAGAUUAUCAGUUUUUUAAGUUUUAAACUAGCGGUACUUACAUUUACUUUAAAUCAAUUUACAAUCAGUUUAAAUUCAAAUUUUGAAAAUAUUGAUGGUUGUUAAGAUGUUGAAAAAGAAAUUUAAUAGCGAAAUAUUUUUACUGCUUACACAAGAUAUUUUUUUAUUAAUAACAGCAUAUCUCUCGUCGCUAAAUUUAUUACGCAUAUCUUUUUAUCAAAUCAAAAAAAGAAAACCAAGAACUGUUGAAUAAUCCAGAGAAAAAGAAAUCGUAAUAUCUAAAGUGGGACACUCGGUGCAAUGUUGGUGGAUCGUAGACGUACGUUAACAUUUACAAAGCACGCUUAGACGAUAAUAAAUUACAACCUAACCCAGCGCAAACAUAUGAUGACAUUUCAAAAUGACGUCUUUACGUCAUUAUUAAUACGUCAUUAAUAUGUCACUUAUACGUAACUAUGUUCGCUGGGAAAUUAUAUCGAUUAUGAGCGGCCGGGUAUACUAAGGACAUCCCCGCGAAUCCCCGUUAACUUCCGUUAUUGAUUACGUUUCACAUGUUAAUUCGCUAACGACCGUAGUAAUAUCAAUAAAUGUAAACGAGGAUAGAAUGACGCUUUAGCGCAGAUAGCGCGCUAUCCGAACGCACCCUAAACCGGAUUAGCGGUGUCGUGUAAAACGUAAUCUCUGCGGUCGAGCGCGAGACUCGCGAAACGGUGCGCGGUUCGCUCUCUGUCCUUCCGAAGGUAACAAUGAACGAUCAGUAACUAAGCGGCGAGACGUCGCGCGGCGCACCUCGUCGGUGCGAGAGUAAACACGAAGCGGAGGCGCGCACACCUCGUGCACGCUCUCACUGGCACGAGCCGUGGCGUCGCGAAAAAUUGCCCUCGUACGACGGCCAGGACGAGGAGAACGAGAGGAAAGGGCAGGAUAGGCGACGGGUGGCCGCGUCGCUUCGCGGGUGUGUUCGUAUGUGUGUGUGGUAGAGUCGGAGCCCACUACGAGGGAGAGAGAGAGAGAGAGUUACGGCGAGCAGCGGCUGCAUCGGUGUCGUCGUCCGUGGCGCGAUCCGCCACGGGACGUCGCUUAAUGUGCGCGAGCCGGGCGUGUGUUGUUGUCAGUACGCUCGUGCCAGCGGGCGCAGCAAAUGCGGUCGGUAGCCGUCGUAGCGGCGACGCAGCCACCGCGAAGACCGCAGCAGGAAGAUGUCAAACGGCGGCUCGUCGCUGUGGUCCGAGCGACUCGUGAACGGUGAAAAAAACAGCAUCGACGCCACCGGCGCUGUCAGUGGCAGCAUCGGCGGUGGAGGAAGAGGAGGAGGCUGUGUGGGUGGUGGUGGAAGUGUCUCCUCCGGCGUCAGCUCUCGCAGCGGUGUUGGUGGUGGUUGUGACAAUAUUGCGGACAGUGGUGGUAAGAUCGGCGGCGUCCCUCCUGCCGUCACAGUUACUGCCGCUGUUAUCGGCGGCGGUGGCGCCGCGGACGGCGGUCUGACGUUGCUCGACGCCCGCGGCACGACGCCAGCGGUGAACCGCCGUCGUGAGGCAACGCGUAUCGGCGACUGCGACGACGCGAGGACAGGCCGGCGCCUCGAGUCGGUGAUCCUUCAGACGACGACGCCGCCGACGACGACGGCGAAUGCCGGUAACAACGCGAGUAUAGUUAGCGGCACCAGCGCGAGCACGCUCGCCGCGGUCGUUGUCGUCGACACCGCGUCAACAUUGUUCGACGACGACGACAUCGUCGACGACGAGGAGGAGGAGGAGGAGGAAGACGUCGGGGACCGUCACUAUCGGCACAAGCGCGGCAUCAUGGUCGCGGCGAUGAACGAACACCUGUCUAACACGACGACGACGUCGUCGCCGGCGAACGGCGCCCGCAGCACCUCCAGCAGCACCGUCGCCACGCUGUCAUCGUCCUCGAGCACCAGCAGCGCGAUCGUCAACACCAAUUCCUCGGCGAGCACGACGACGAGCACGGCGAUCAGCACCGCCGGUGUUGUCGGCAUCGCCACCAACAAUAACAACAGCUGCGGCAACGCGCGCAGCCAGGAAUUCCAAGAUAUGGACGGCGACGACAUCGGCAAGAAUGUCGUCGCCAGCACCACCACCGGACCCGCCGGCAUCCUCAGUUUUCCCUGUGACUUUGACCACAUGUAUGCGAGCAUGACGGAUGGCGGCACGCCGGCUGCUGCGACUGCCUCCGCCGUUGCCGCGGCUGCUGCUCUCGGGGUGAGCCCCCUGCGUGGCAACGAACCUCGUCAGAACGACCUCACCGAGGUCAAGCACCUGAAGGAGCUGUUGUUGCUACACUUGGAUCUCAUCCAACAGCAGUCCGAGCAGAUCGUCACCAAGGACAAGCUCCUCGCCGCGCUACGCCAGGAAAACGAGACGUUGAAACUACGCCUGGAGCGUAUGGAAAGGAGGGUGAACCUGCAGAAACUGAGGUCUGAAUGUAGUAGCGAGAAUUCCGCCGAGCAUCUCGGCACAUGUUCGCCGCCUGGUGUUAAUACGGUGAACACUGCGUCAACCAGUGAACCGCAUCGAAAUGUGCAAUCCGAGAGUGGUAACACUUUACACGAGAGCUUUAAGAUACGUCUGAAUACCAGCGGUGGUAUCACGACUGUUAAGCAAGAACCUCUGGAUAAUCAAAUCAAGCACGAGGUAAAGCAAGAGGCUAGCGACACCAGGUUCGAGUGGGAGGAGAAGAAGAAGAGACGAUCGGACCCAACUCCAUUGUCAACGGGCAGUAAAAAGAAGAGAGGGUUGUCUUGCUCAUCCACCAUUAAUAUUGACGCGUCCUCCAAUGUACAGGAUAAGGUGUUGACUUCAUCACACGAGCCCAUUAGAAAGAAUGACAGAAAGACAAAAUCUCUUGCAAAAAAGGAAUCCUUUCUUACGACAGAGGAACAUUAUUACACUGCUGUAGGGGAUCCGAGUUAUACCUUAAGUCUCAAACAAUCCAGUCCAGUAGAAACGUGUAAUUCUCUAGAAGUUCCAAAUUGGAGGGUAAAAAUAUACACAAGUUGUUACACAAUGGAGGGUACUGAAAAUUUGGACGAUGAGAUUUUUAACAAAAGACAUUUGAAAUUGGAGAACGACGAGAGGAGAAGGAAACGAUGGGAUGUGCAGAGGAUAAGGGAACAAAGGCAUAUAGAAAAGUUAAAGCAAAGGCAAGAACGUCAAAAUCAUCAAGCCACGUGUUACAAUACCAAUCAUACCGGCCCUUGUCCCUCGUCCCUGGAAGAAGAAACAAUAACGUCCUUGUGGCCUGACGUAGAUCAAAUUCAAAGUCUCCAAGUGGAUCCUCAUUUGCCAGUAACUGCAUUUGGCACCCCUAUUCCUAGUUUUACUCCAAGUGAAUUUUCCUUACCUUGGUCGAACACAACGCGAAUAAAGUGUCGACGCCCUAAACGUUCAACAAGUAGAAGAAAAUCUACAGGUAGAAGAAAAGUCUAGGAGAUAAAUUUUUAUAAAAAUGGACAGAACUGAUUUUAUCUGGACCGUCGGUUUUAAAUCUUGAGAAUAGUAUUGCUCCCUCACCACACAUUUGAAUAAGUGUUCUUUUUUUUUCUUUUUUUUUUUUCAUUACAACGCGAGAUAUAUAGGGGCACCAAAGAUAUUUUUAUUAACUUUUUAAACGUCUGCAAUGUAUACAGCAGGUAUAUAGUUUAUUCUUUUCUACAUUUUUGUCGAUUAAGUAAAUUCAUCGUCAAUACUUGUUUGAUACAUCUAUUCUACAUUUUGUACUCGGUGUUGGUCAUUUUAUUUAUGUAACUAUGAAUAUGUAUCACACAAUGUAACGAAAACGAUGUGACAGUUUGCGAGUGUAUCAAACACUUGAAUAAGAUCAAGAGAUUUUUGUUUCAAUCAGUUGAUGUGACUGAUAUUUGCAGUGUUUGCCGGUAACUAGUUAAAAUUAUUUAAAUAAUCAUCCAGAUGAAUAAAUUGAUCAUCUUUAUCUAGAUGGAAGAAAA